CUCAACAUCGACAAGUUAGUUCACUUCGCUGUUCCGAACUGAUUUACAGUGACAGCUGUUUUCCAUGCCGAUGGAUCGGCUGGUUGGCGCGACUACGGCACUGCCCCCAGCUAGCAUUUCAACAGACUUCACAUAUCUUCGCUUAUAUAAUGUACUUAUAGCUGCUUUUACUGUAGUGAACGAACGGAGGGUUUGUCUCGUUCAACUCGUCAAAUUAGCUUGAGGGUUAGCUAGAUAGCACUAGCUUGAGAAGCAGCGGAUCAUUCAUUCCUCACGGAAUAAAAAAAACAAGUAACUUUGCAGGCGGUUUGCGAGAGAGACGGAGCACUGAUAUAAGUUUGUCCAAUAAUAAGAGUCAGGCAGUAAUUGCCUUGGCUUAAGCUACGAGUUGGUAUGACUCUGACGCCUGGUGUUAGCUAGUUAGCUUAAAGCGGCUCUGAAUUAGUUUAGUGAUAGAGUAGCUAAACUAGAUGCUACGCUCUUGUCUCAUUUUUCUAAUACCUCUGUAAAACUAGGUGGAGUCUGGCUCUUCAACCGCUUCGCUUGAACUAUUCAACUUGUUGGAAAGUUUGACAAUCAUGGCCUCCAACCCCCCGCACAACUUCUCCUGGGUCGAGCCAGGCAAACUGGCCGGACUUGCACUGCCCAGGAUGACAUCUGAAUACCAGUACCUGCUGGACAACGGCAUCAAACACCUGGUUUGCCUGUGUGAGAGAAAACCACCUUAUUACGACUCGUGCCCAGAGUUAAAGCUGCACCACAUCAAGAUAGCUGACUUCACUCCUCCUUCACCGAAUCAGAUUGAUAGAUUCCUCUCUGUCGUGGAAGAGGCCAACUCCAAGGGGGAGGGUGUAGGAGUUCACUGCAUGCAUGGCCAUGGGAGAACAGGGACCAUGCUGGCCUGCUACCUGGUGAAGACGAGGAAGAUUUCGGGCAUUGACGCCAUCAAUGAGAUCCGCAGACUGAGGCGAGGCUCGAUCGAAACCCACGAACAGGAGAAAGCAGUGGUGCAGUUUUAUCAGCGCACCAAGUAACUUUCACCGAGGGAAGAUUUACAGAUGUAGCAAUGAUUAUUACAGGUAACAAGUACAAAAUAUGGGGAAGACCGGGGCCUCAGUUAUACUCCUACAUUAAUAUUUUAUUAUCUAGGAAUAGGAAAACACAAAAUAUAAUGUUAAAACAAGCAACAAAUCAAAAACCUGAAAGUCCUGGACAACAAUACUGAACUCAAAUGUUGAACUUACCCACUGUAUACCCUUGGGACAUUUAACUAAGUCAAACAUUUCUGCAGUUUAUACACACACUGCCUUUUUAAAUUGUACUGUAUACUUUCAUUUUUUGCUAGCACAUUAUUACUUUUCUUUAUAUAGCCAUGUUCUUCCUCUGAGGUUUCCAUUUACACGGCUCCAGCCUUCAUUUAUGCACUGGACACCAGGGAAAAGAGACGCUGACGCUCCUUGAAUGUGAGCUUUUCAGGAGCCUUCGUUCUCUUAAUUUUCUCCUCCUGGUUUCUGCAAAUAAACAACGAUAUGAGAAGAAACACUUGAAUUUUAUUACUUAUAGGGGAAUCAUUUAUUGGGACACAAACAGUAGCUUGUGCUUUUAAAAGUAUAAUUAUAGAAUGUAGUCUGCAGAUUUAUUUUACUCAGGGUUUUUUUUUUUCAAACAUUUAAGAAGGAGAAUAGACUAAUGUAAUAAUGUAAUAAGCUUGUUGUGAUAGUACACAACUGUGCAUUUACUGUACAUUUCUGUGUCAUGAAGUCAUCAUGAGGAAAAAUGUAACAUUAAUAGCUUCGUGUUAGAUCUGAUUUAAUUUCAAUGUUUUGCUUCACUUGCCAAAAAUGUAAACUCACUCUUUUGAUGCCACUUUCUGAACGUCCUCAGUCGCUCCACUUGAUCUUUGACCUGCCAAACACAUAGAAAUGUUGCAGAUGAAAAAUAAAGAAAAUACAUAUUUGA